AUGAUGUUAAAGAAUAUUGUCAGUCGAAAUGGUAUAACUGUAACUUUUAAGAAUCUCUUUGUGAUUCCACAAUCAACUAGUAUUAGUUUUGGUACUAGACCAUUUUCUAGUAGCAACGACAGUGGUAGUAGUGGUAGUAGUGGUGGUAGUGAUAACAAACAUUACUUUAGAUUACCAAAAGAUGCAUCAAAUACAACUGCAACGACAUCACCUUAUCCAUCAUCUUCUACAUCGGCCAAGAUUGAAGAUGUUGUACAACAGAAUCAAUUCAUUCACUAUAUCCCUCAGGCUGGUGUCAUCACCAAUGCAACAGCUGCCAGUCUAAGUGAGAGUCAUGAUCCUAACAAAUACACUAGCACUCAUCACAGUGUAUUAAAUCUAUCAUUGGAUCAACUUAUCAACAUGUAUAAUACAAGAAGACAUAUAGAUCUAAGUCAUGUACCAACAUUGGACUCACAAGAUGUAUUUAUAAACAGUGAAUUAAAGUUAAGCGAGAUUAAAGCAUAUGGCUUUGAUUACGAUUUUACACUUGCCAACUACUCUGAUCAAGUUCAACAUUUAAUUUAUGACUUGUCACUAAAGUAUUUGGUAGAGGAAUGUAAAUACCCAGCCAAUUUAUUAAAAUUAAAGUAUGAUCAAAACUUUGCUAUUCGUGGUCUUCACUAUGACAUGCGUACAGGUCUAUUAAUGAAACUAGACUUUUUAAAUAAUAUUCAAGCAGGAGCAAUUUAUUAUGGUAGAAGAUCAUUAACAAAAGAGGAAAUAGUAACGAUUUAUGGAUCGAUGCAAUUAAGAAAAGCAUAUUGUGAGACAUAUUUAAAGAUUAUGGCUGAUAUCUUUUGUUUACCAGAGUCUUGUCUCAUUAGUGAUAUCACUCAAUUCCUUAUCGACAAUAACUACCAAUUCGAACCAAGAAUUAUCUAUGACGAUAUUAUAAAGGCUGUUAAAAUGGUUCAUAUGAGUGGGUCACUACAUAAUACAAUUAUCAGUGAUCUACCAUUAUAUUUAAACAAACAUCCUCUACUUGGUGAUUAUUUAUUAAAAUUAAAAAAUGCUGGUAAAAAGUUAUUCAUGUUAACAAAUAAUUCAUUUUAUUAUGCAAAUUGUGGAAUGAAAUAUUUAUUAAAUGAUCAAUUACAAGGACAAUAUACCGAUUGGACUGAAUUAUUUGAUGUCAUUAUUACACAAUGCGACAAACCAUCAUUCUUUGGCAAAGGAAGACAUUUUAGAAUGUAUGAUAGAAAGUCGGAUCGAUAUGAUUGGCGUGAAAUCAAAGAAUUCCUUCCUGGAAAGGUGUAUGUCGGUGGAUCGUUGGGUCAAUUUACCCAUCUAUCAAAAUGGCGUGGUCGCAGUGUCAUGUACUUUGGUGACCAUCUUUUUGCUGAUUUGGUCGAACCAAGUAUGAUUGAAGGAUGGAGAACAGGUGUUAUUAUUAAAGAGUUAGAGACUGAAGUUGAAAUUCAAAACUCUCCUAAAUAUAGAGAAAAUCUUUCUCAACUUUUAGAAAUUGAGGAGGCAAUUAGAAGAUGUCAAUUUUUCACAGGCGAGAAAAAAGAUGCAUUUUUGGAAUCACUAAAACAAAAAAGAUAUGCUUUACGAUUACAAUUAAAGGAACCAUUCAAUGGAUCAUUUGGCAGUCUAUUUAGAACUCACACCAAUGCAACCAUGUUGGCACACUCACUUCAAAACCAUGCCGAUAUCUAUACAAGCAAGAUUGAAAAUCUAAUCACCUAUCCUCUCGACUAUACAUUUUAUACAAGAAGAAAUUAUCUUGCACAUGAAUUUAAAUUAAAUUAA